AUGUUGAACCCUGUGGCCCUAUCAUUAUCUCCAUCUUGCCAUGACGCGAUUUCUUGGUCCCCGGACGGCGAGAUUGCUAUCGCUGCGGGUGAAUACUUCCAAAUCCUGACACCAAAAAAUAGCAGGGAUGAGGAUUCCGCCCCCAACUCAACCCAAGAUUGGCUCAUGGCUCGUGUUAGAGCCAACUUGUUUACGGACUCAGAAUGGCCCAACUACCUUCCGGGAAAUCGAGAUGAUUUUUCGGUCGCCGCAGACCUUUCAGAAAGCAAUGUGGUGGAUCUGGCUUGGUCACCAGCAGGACUAGGCAAAUAUCGACGUAGUGUCCUGGCCGUGCUGACGUCGAAUCUGGUACUGUCCCUCUGGGAGCCCAUUGGCCUUAAGAAGCAAUGGACCAGGGUUGCUGUCGUCAAUCAUGUAUUUUGGUCACAGCUGCAGCCAUCACAUGACCCAAAUAGCCAUGGCUUUCGGAAGGUCAACAUUCGAUCUUUCACUUGGUGCGAGUCUUUGAAGCCUUCAACGCCUCCCGCAGGCUCUUCCUUUCUACAUUCGCACGAAAGUCGCUGGGGAAUCCCACUGCUAAUGGUGGUGAACGAUUUCAAUGAAGUCAUGCCGGUGCGGGUCCGCAGAUCAGACCCAACGAAUAGCCCUUUCAAGCCUUACGAUCUUCAGAUUCUGGCGCUUCACUCUCUAAAGAACCCGGAAACCAAGGGCAGUCUAUUCUGCUCUGGAUCACUCUUUGAGAAGGCAAUCAAAGAGAGACAACGUACUACUGCGCUUUCCUGUGGUCCGUGGCUGACCUCACCCGCGACGAGCCCCGGCAACUUUGGCUGCGCAGUCACCAUGAUAGCUGCGGUAUGCGGAACGCAGCUUCGGCUAAUGAAACUCGAAGUCACUCUCGGAAGCUCGCUCGGGGAUACCUCACAACAGUACACGUUAGUCACAGAUUUGAUAGAGCAUCCUUUGGACCAGUUGAAUGAGAAAUGGGCAUAUCACAACAUCGCUGGCCCUCUUAGAUGGCUCCAUGCCAGAUCAUCCACGACCAUUGCCCUGGUAGUGGGCGCCAUGGCGGCUUUCAUCGUCAUAUCCAUGCCCUACGAUACGUACACGGGUAUCGUUACCAAUUCUGAUGCCUUUGAAUUCCGUGAUUGCCCGAUCUAUGAGCCAGAAACCGAAGACAACAAGGGCCACCAAGCAAGGCACCUGGAGCCGAUUUCUGCAAUGCUCACUUCCAUGAAUGAACAAAACGACACAUGCAAGCUCCACCUAGGUACACUCGGCGGAAUUGGCUUAGUUACAGAACUGCAUCAACUCCAAAAUGACAGUGCUCUACAACAGCCAAAAUGGAAACGCAUGAUCGAAGAGUUCCAGGAUGACUAUGACUUGGAGCACGACUUGGGAGGAAUGUCAGUCUCGAGGAUCUGGGGACUCGCAGCCUAUCGCAACAUGACUGCGGCUAUCUUCACUUCACAUCCCACGGACAUGAUUGAGUAUCGCAUCACCUCUGACGACAGAUCUAUGAUUGUCUUUUCAGAGGAGGGUGAACCUACGGCAAACACCCAAACCCUAUUUGCGGCGCGCGUCCCUGAUGGUCAAACCUCCGAUCACAACCAGACAGGAGAAGUGAUGCGUUUCGUGCUACCUGGUGAGGAUGGCAACAUUGAACCUGACACGGAGAGCCAGCGCUUGAUUUAUGCUGUGGCCUGUCGUGCUAUUGUGGGUGAAGAGGACAAGUCACUUCGACUUCACACUCGGCGGUCUCUAGAGCGUCUAGCAGUAGUAACAGGCGCGGACCUGAGCGAUGAGAUUUCCAAAUGCAACGGCAAUCCCGCCCCGAUAUCUGCGAGGGCUAUGGAUCAAGUCACUGGCCCAGGCGGUCAUAUUUACGAAAAGUGCGAAGUUUGUGAUGCGGGAAUUGGGUGGCCCUCGGCCAAGUUGGCUCAGUGCGCCAAUGGCCAUCUUUGGGAACGGUGUGGAUUGUCCUUCCUUGCCAUUCAAGGACCUGGGAUAUCCAAGUAUUGCUUUGUCUGUCGCAAAGAAGCCCUCGAUGAAGAACGCGUGGCAUGCAUGCGUGGGGGGAAACAAGGUCGAACAUUCGAUGCUCUCUUUGAGACUUUUGAUAUCUGCUUGCACUGCGCAGCCAAAUUCCAGGCCAGUUACUAG